AUGUCCCACGCAUUACCAGCUCUCAUUAAAAUGCAUAUCACCAAAGAUAUUGGUUAUGGUCUCCUUUUAGGUAUCAUCCCAGGUGUUUGGUUCAAAUAUCAAAUUGGCCAAUCUAUCCAAAAAAGAGAAGAUUUUUACGCUGCCUAUGAUAAGAGAAAUUAA